CAAAACCUACCGGACAUGUGACCAGACUUACCGGACAAGUGCUGUACCCUACCGGACAAUGCCUGAAAUCUACCGGACAAUAGUCCCCGGCGCCCCUUACCGGACAUUUGCAGGCCGCGAUUUGCCAAAUCUUACCGGACACCAUGCACACCAGUGAAAAGCCGGUUCAACAGCACCAGCAUGCUCAGUUUAUGUACUGUAUUAAUUAGUUGUGUGUUAUUACCAAAGCGACAAGAUCCUUGCACAGGGCAGAGCCAUGUCCGAGUCCUACUACUAUGCUGGCAGAGACAGCUUCCACACGUCUGGCGGUGGCUCCAUUGAGUUUGCCGAUAGCAAGGGCAACGUGGUGAACAUGAACGACCACAGCCAUCUGAGCGGCAGGCACAUGCAUCUUAUCCGGCUGUCGCCGGCCCAGUUUGAUGCCAACCCCCAGUCGCUCACCCCGGCGGGCAAGCCGUUUGUGCGCCUGCUGAAAGCCAUGACUAAAUUGCCCACGGUGACUCUUGUGGCGCCGCCCGAGCCGGGCGCGUGGGUGAACAAGCUGGGAGGGCAAGACACCGGCUAGCUUUGGCUGCACAGAGAAGCAGCUGGAGAACGCCAAGAAGUAGGGGAAGUAGAGGGAUAGUGCUUGGACAGUAAACUACAUUGCAGGAUGCCCUUGGUCUGUUGGGCAGUAGCAUGGCGUGCAUGGCGUGCGGGAUAGGUGCACCAAAGCAAGUAGUACGACUGGCGGCGGGGGGCAGUGGGCGGUGAAUGUUGUUGAGUCCUUGCAAGCACUUGUUGGUCGUGAAGCUGGCUUACAUGCGUGUCAAGGUGUGCCAAAGAGUCAUGUUGGUGCUGCAAUUUAUACGGCAGCCGGGUGCCGGGGGGUGGGGCGGCAACCGGGAGCCGGGGGCUGGGGCGGCAGCUGGGCGGGGGCUGGGGCGGCAGCUGGGCGGGCCUGGGCGGCAGCUGGGCGGGCCUGGGCGGCAGCUGGGCGGGCCUGGGCGGCAGCUGGGCGGGGCCUGGUUAGUGCGUGCGCUAUGCGUAUGUCCUGCGGCCUAGACGUUUCCCGGCACUUCUGUACCUAGGCUUGUGGCGAUAAGGCACAGCGGUGGGGCUCUGGCGGGUUGAGGCCUGGCUAGGACUCACAGUGCGCGGAGUCACACAGACUUUGUCCACAGGAGGGUUUGCAGCAAAGUCGGGGUUGGUGGAGUCAAGUUGGGCCCUGAUAGCAUGUGAUUAAUGUGAUGGCUCGGCGUCUUCGGGUGCUGGGACUGUCCCCUCUGUAACUUCCGCAUUCU